CUGAAUAUUAUUUUUUACUACUGAAAUAGCAUCUCUUUCUCAGAUACAAUUAUAUAUUUUGUCACUGAAAUAUUAAAAACUAUAAACUCUUAUUAAAAGUGUAAAAUUGUAUACAAUGUUUUAUUUAAAAGAUUAGUAGCGAAAUGUAUACACAACACUUUUAUGUCAAAGUACAUCAUACAUCAUAUGGUGAUAACAGCAGGUAGUGUACCCGAAACGGGACACACCGAUUUUUUGGCAGUUCGUUAGCAUUAAAAAAUAAAGUGAUCUAAGAAAACUAAAAGACUUCUGCAUCGUUAGAAUGGAUGACAUAAUUCAAUAUGUGGUGUUACGAGGAGACCUCUUAAAGACAAUGGGAUGGCCCAUAGGCGCAGUUAUAGCUCAAGCAUGUCAUGCAUGCACUGCUGUUAUUCAUCUUUUUUAUAAUGACAGUUACACUCAAGCCUAUCUUGCGGAUCUAGAUCAUAUGCACAAAGUUGUUCUCGAAGUUCCAGAUGAGACCGCUUUAAAUGCUUUAUGUUCAAAAUUAACAGACGAGGAUAUUCAUCAUAAGCUCUGGAUUGAACAGCCUGAAAACAUUCCAACAUGUUUGGUAACAAAACCUUAUCCUAAGAGCAAAGUACAAUCAUAUUUUAAGAAAUAUAAGUUACUUAAACUUGUAAUAAAAUGAAACUUUAUUAUUUAUCUUUUACAAUGUACUUUUUGUCUUGUAAUGUAUACCAAUUGUAAUAAAAAGAUUGAAUAAUAUUAUCUGAAACUUUU